AUGUCGUCCCAGGAGCUUGUCCCGCAGACAGAAUCUAUCGCGGAGGUUUAUGCCACCGACGAUGCCUCCGUGACCUCAGUUGCGGCUGAACACCAGAAGCGCUUCUCGGGACUGAUCUCUCAGUUCAAUAAGCAAUACAAUCAUCGCCCGGACUUUGUGGCCCGCAGCCCCGGUCGUGUAAACAUUAUCGGCGAGCACAUCGACUACUCCCUCUACGAUGUUCUACCCACCGCCGUUAGCGUCGACGUGAUUAUGGCCGUCAAGAUCUCCCCCGGCAACUCUGGUACUACCAUUAAGAUUGCCAAUGUUGCGCCGGAGAAGUUCCCUACACGCGAGUUCAACGUGCCUCAUGAUACAGACAUUGAGAUCGACCCUAAGAAGCACGAAUGGAUCAACUACUUCAAAGCUGGUUUGUCCGGUGCUUUGAAGUUUUUGCGCAAGGAGAGACCAGAUGGCGCGGCUCCGGUCAGCAUGGAAAUUCUGGUCGACGGCAAUGUGCCCCCCGGUGGUGGUAUCUCGAGCAGUGCUGCCUUUGUUUGCGCCAGUGCUCUGGCCGUCAUGAAGGCCAAUAACCACAAUGUGUCGAAGCAGGAUCUGUUGGAUUUGGCCGUCGUCUCCGAGCGUGCAGUCGGUGUAUACUCCGGCGGCAUGGACCAGGCCGCUUCCAUCUUCUCAAAGCGCGGAUUUCUACUUUACACCCAAUUCUACCCUGCCUUCCAGGUCGAGCACGUCCCCAUCCCAACCGCAGCAGACGAAAUUACCUUCCUCAUGGCCCAGAGCUUCGUCACCUCAAACAAGGCCGACACCGCACCCCGCCACUACAACCUGCGCGUGGCAGAAUGCACACUGUCCGCCGUAAUCUUGGCCAAGAACUUCGGCCUCACACUGCCCAAGGAUAACAGCUCCCUGGGCUACAGCCUGCGCAAUUUCCAGAACCAGCUGAUGACCAAGGAAGGCCGCUUAGGCGACCCCUUGGAGUACCAGAUCGACUCCGUCAUUCAGGCAGUGCAGGAUCUAUUCACCAAGGAAGAGGGAUACACACGCGAGGAGAUGGCCCAGCUUCUGGACAUCACCGUCCCGGAGUUGGAGUCGAAGUUCUUGUCUGCCUUUCCCGUGCAAGCUGAGCGAUUCCGUCUCCGCCAGCGGGCGCUGCACUGCUUCAAGGAGGCGCGCCGCGUGUUGGAUUUCAAGGCUUGCCUGGCUAAUGCUUCGAAGCUGGAUGAGAAGCGCAUUCAUUACCUGGGUCAGUUGCUGAAUGAGUCUCAGGAUUCGUGUCGGGUCGAUUAUGAGUGCAGUGCUCCCGAGGUAGAUGAGAUUUGUGCCAUUGCGCGGAAAGCGGGUACCUGGGGUAGUCGUUUGACUGGUGCUGGAUGGGGUGGCUGUACAGUUCACAUGUUGCCUCAGGGCAAGGUCGAGGCUGUAACAACAGCCUUGCGGAAUGAGUACUACUUGAAGCACUUCCCUGAUAUCAGUGCCGAGAAGUUGGAGCAGGCUAUGGUUAUUAGCAAGCCGUCAAACGGAUCGUUUGUGAUUACUGGCGCUGCUAUUGAUCAGGUUGCUCUGUGA